AUGUCAUCGUUUAUGCCGGAUAAUAUACUUUUGGAUAUUGAGAAACUCGAAACGAUGUUAACUAAUAGUAGUAGUAGUUGCAGUGGAGAAUCAUCGUUGUACAAUUUUCAAACAUCGCCAAACUCUCGUUCGGUAACAACAACAGCACGUUUUACAGGAUCGUCAAAAAUCUAUUUAAGAAAUUUAAAUAAAUUAUUAGCAGAUAUCGAACAAAAACAAAAGAUUCUUUCGCAUGGUGGAGGAUCGAUUCUUAAACGUUUACGUCCAGUGAAUUCAUCAUCAUCAUCAUCAUCAUCAUCAUCAUUAUCAUCACGUUCUUUAACAUUUACAUCGUUAUUUACUCGUCCUUCUGUUAAAUGUAUAUCAAAUAAUCGACUUGAGCCAAAGACAAUAUCGUUCGCACAAUUAAUCACACAAACUUCUUCGUUUCCAUCGACAUAUUCAAAUCAUCAAUCAGAGUAUGGUUGUGCAAAAUUAAAUGAAAAAAUGUGGGUUGUACAUUGUCGAGAACAGUUAAUCAAAGCUGUUAAUGAUGAACUUAAACAGACAUUACAAGAAGAGGCUAAUCUUGAUUGGAAUCAUAUAUCCAGUUAUCAUCUAAGCAAUAAAUGGUCAGCCGGUGUAUGUGAAAAUGCCUGGAAACAAGUUUGUAAUCCCAGAAUCAACCAAUCGAAAUGGUCCAAUAAAGAAGAUCGUCGUUUAUUAUCAAUUGUUGAACGCGAACCAUUAAGUGCUGAUCGGUGGACAUCGAUUGCAAAAGAAUUAGGAACGGAUCGAAGUGCGUAUCUCUGUGCAAAACGCUAUAUGCAGAUAACCAAUGACAAACAUUCGAAACGACCAUUAGAAAUAAAUGAACGCAAUCAAAUCAUAUCAAAUAUGAAAGAUGAUAAACAAGGUUACUAUAGAAAAUAUAAUAAAUUAGCAUAUGAACUUGGUGAUCGUACACGUGAAUUUAUUUAUAAUCAAUGGUUACAUAUUGAUCCAUCAUGUAAACGUGGUCGUUGGUCUGAUGUUGAACAUGCACAAUUACUAACACAUAUACAUCAACAAACACAUAAAAUAACCAAUUGGCCACUAGUUUCCGCUCCUGUACACACACGUUCAUCACGGCAAUGCCGUGAACGUGUUUUAGAUACAAUAAAAAAUGGAAAUCGUACUACAAAAGAAAAGCAUCGAUUAUUUACAGCUGAUGAAGAUCGUCUUCUACUUGAACAAUAUGCUUUACAUGGUGCAAAAUGGUCGAUGAUAGCAAAAGAAUUUUCUGCGCGUACUGAUAAUUCAUUACUUGUUCGUUAUCGAAUGUUAAUUAAAGCUAAAACUCAAUGGGAUUGGUUUUGUCAAACCAAUAGUCGUAUGAAAUCUUUUCUAGUAUUUCUAUAUAAUAGACAAAUGAAUAAUAAUGAUACAUAUUUUAUAAAUAAAAAUUCAACAGAUAUAUUAUCUUUAUGUAAUAAUGCAAAUGAAAUUCAACAUGAUUUAGAACAGUUUGGUUUCUAUCGACGUGGCUUACCAUUUCCAAUAACCGAUGAAGAAUUUCAAUGGUUUAAUCAAAAACCAGAAUUGAUUGAAAAUAUCGCACAAAUUGCAUUAGAAGAAUUUACUCAGCAACGAUUAUGUUUUAGAAAAUUUAAGGCAGAAAUUAAACCUUGGUUUACCUCAUCAUUAUUUACCAGUAUUCCCAAUGAUAUUAUUCGACAAAUGCUUUGUCGAACAAUUCCAAGUCGUCGAAAAAGAAAAUCUAUCAGUUCAUCUGCAUCCACGACUAAAAGAUCGAAAACUGAUGGUAUCGAUCAACUUGAUAAUACUGGUGAUAUUGAUUGUAAACAAGAACCAAGAGUUCCUCAAUUACCGUCAAUUCUUACAACAACAUCACGUCAUGUUCUACGACCAGUACCGAAUCAGUUUUUUACGUCACAAUCCACAACAAAACUGUCGAUGACCAGUAGUAGUACACAUUUUUGUCCUUAUCUAAUUUUAAUUCGUCAAAAUUCGUAA